AUGAGAUGUUUCACAUUCCAUCCCAACGUAACCCUGGGAGCCGGAGGGGAAUCCACCGGCUAUUCUCUCCUGAUGAAUAUUCCCCCGAGGGACGUGGAAAAUGGGACUGUGUUCUGGACUGUAUUCAUCCAUAAAGACCUGGGAUGGGCCUCCACGUACCUCAGGUCGACUUACACCAAAAUCAAGAUCAGGCCGGGGACGAGCACCCACGUGAUCCUCUCGGCCAAAGAAGUCAAUCAACUCGACACGAAGGCGUAUCCAUGCGAAUCCAGGGAAGGAUACAGCAACGAUGAAUGCCUGGAGACAUGCCUCUUGAGAGAGAUCAUCGGAUGGAAUCGGUUAUCGUGCCAGCUGCCGUCAAUGAACCUGUCCUUGCCAGAAUGCAGAAACAUGACUGAAAUCAUGAGUUCCCUCUCGACUUUGCUCUUUUUUUACAAUUUCCCGUUCACUUCAAACUGCCCCUGCCAGACUCCAUGCCAACAGAUCCGUUACUCGGUGGAUGUGCAGCCAGCUGAAAAUUUCACACAUGACAAAAGAAGCCUCAUGGAAGUCUUACUUCCCGAAAAGGGCUCUCAAGUCUUUAUCUAUUUCUUCGAGAAAACAGCUGAGGUCCUAACUGAGAGCCAGGCCUACGAUUUCAUCCAAAUGCUCGGGGAAUUCGGGGGUUGCCUCGGCUUGUUCCUCGGCAUUUCUAUUGUUUCCGUCUACGAGUCCCUUGACCGGUAUAUCCGAUCCGUGUUCGCCCGAUACGCUGACAGUCGCAAAUAA